AUGUCUCAUAUGUCAAAGUCCAUAGCGUCCAUUGUAGGAUCAGAUGACCCCGUGAUCAUUGAAUUCAUAUUGAACAUUAUGAAUAAAUCCAGCAAUUUGCAGGAGUUUGUACGAAAUAUUAAGAAUUUGGACGCUGGGAUAUCAUACGAAGACAGCACUAAAUUGUAUGACUUACUAUCAGAAAAAGACGAGAAAGAAGAGAUUCGAAACACUAUAAUAGAUUCGCGGUUAAGUCGGAAAGUUCAUGCAAUAUUAAAGGAUGACGUUAAUUUAGAUGAUCCGGUUGUGACUGAAUUUGUACUUGACAUUUUGAACGGAUCUAAGUCAAUAACUGAAUUUCAAGAGAAACUGAAUUAUAUACGAAGUGGGCUUGAUAAUGAAACCAUCUUCAAGAUAUAUCAAAUUGUAUCUCCGCCCAUAAUGAAAGAGGAAGCUCCAACACUUCCAAGUACCAAGAUCCCGAUAAAGGCAGAAGCAAAGAUGGAAGAAGAAGAGCAAAGUAGAGGUAGUUUAGAUCUUAAUCCCGUUCUUUAUAAGGUUUAUCAGGGUAGAGUGAGAAACAUAACUGCCUUUGGCUGUUUUGUCCAAAUAUUUGGGACACAGAGGAAAAACUGCGAUGGUCUAGUUCAUAUAUCAGAGAUGGCUAAAAAAAGAAUAAUGGAUCUACACGAUAUAGUGAGACAAGGGCAAUAUGUGUUUGUUAAAGUAAUAAAAAUACAAAAUAAUGGAAGAAUAUCACUCUCAAUGAAAAAUAUUAAUCAACAUAAUGGAGAACUUGAGGAAACGGAUGAUGCAGAUGUUGAAAAGAGAGGCAGAUGCAAAGACACUAAAACCGAUAGGCAGGCAGAGAAUAAAAUUAAAAGACGUGCAUUGACUUCACCGGAGAGAUGGGAGAUUCGACAACUUAUUGCUAGUGGUGCUGCUUCCAUUGAUGAUUAUCCCGAGCUAAGGGAGGAAAUUCCUAAAAACACAUCCUAUUUAACGGCAAAGAAAGAGAAGAAUAUAAUGGCAACAUUUCUCGAAAAAAAUGAUACAGAAAGCGUGGGCCUAAAACACGAUGAAGAGGAGAAAAAUGAGAUAGAUGAGAUUGAUGUUGAGCUAAAUACGGAUGAUGGACCUGAAUUCCUGAAGGAUCAACAAGUUAAAGGGGCCAAGAAAUACGAGAUGCCCAAAAUAACGAAAGUUCCCAGGGGAUUCAUGAACCGUACAGCAAUGAAUGGCUCAAAUGCUGUAAGAGACCAUAGGGAAGAAAAAUUAAGGAAAAAAAGAGAGAUUGAACAACGUAUAAGGAAAAAACAAUCAUUUGAUGAUCCUACGAAAAAUGGGCAAGAUUCCAGAAACGAAGUUCAGAAGUUGAGAAAUCAAUUAGUAGUUACUGAAUGGGAGAGGAAUAGAAUGAAUGAACCUAUUUCCUACGGGAAAAGAACCUCCAUGCCAAUCAGUGCACAACGUCAAACCUUACCCGUGUAUGCAAUGAGAUCCGAAUUAAUGCAGGCUGUUUGUGAAAAUCAAUUCCUGAUCAUUGUUGGAGAGACAGGGUCGGGUAAAACUACCCAAAUCACUCAAUAUUUAGAUGAAGAAGGUUUCAGUAACUAUGGGAUGAUUGGAUGUACCCAACCUCGUAGAGUUGCUGCUGUGUCUGUGGCAAAGAGGGUUGCCGAGGAAGUUGGCUGCAAAGUUGGCCAUGACGUUGGUUAUACAAUCAGAUUUGAAGAUGUCACUGGCCCACAAACCAGAAUAAAAUACAUGACUGAUGGUAUGUUACAAAGAGAGGCGUUGUUAGAUCCCGAGAUGUCAAGGUAUUCUGUUAUCAUGCUAGAUGAGGCCCACGAAAGAACCGUGGCAACUGAUGUUUUAUUUGCAUUGUUGAAAAAAGCUGCGGUCAAAAGACCAGAACUAAAAGUGAUAGUCACAUCAGCCACUCUGAACUCUGCCAAAUUUUCGGAGUACUUCUUGAACUGUCCGAUCAUAAAUAUACCUGGUAAAACGUUCCCCGUAGAGGUGCUGUAUUCACAAACUCCCCAAAUGGAUUAUAUAGAAGCGGCCUUAGAUUGUGUAGUCGAUAUCCAUAUUAAUGAAGGGCCGGGAGAUAUCUUAGUUUUUUUGACUGGGCAAGAGGAAAUAGACUCAUGCUGUGAAAUCCUGUAUGAUAGAGUAAAGACUUUAGGUGAUAGCAUUGGCGAAUUACUAAUUUUGCCUGUUUAUUCUGCUUUGCCAAGUGAAAUCCAAUCAAAAAUUUUUGAACCCACCCCAAAAGGUAGUAGAAAAGUUGUGUUUGCUACGAACAUUGCUGAAACGUCUAUCACUAUAGAUGGUAUUUAUUAUGUCGUGGACCCUGGUUUUGCAAAAAUUAACAUCUAUAAUGCUAGAGCAGGUAUCGAGCAAUUGAUAGUGUCUCCUAUUUCUCAAGCACAGGCAAACCAAAGAAAAGGUCGAGCUGGGAGAACAGGUCCAGGAAAAUGCUAUCGACUCUAUACAGAAUCGGCAUUUUAUAAUGAAAUGCUAGAAAACACGGUUCCUGAAAUUCAAAGACAAAAUCUUUGUCAUACUAUUCUAAUGCUAAAGGCCAUGGGAAUUAAUGAUUUGUUAAAAUUCGACUUCAUGGAUCCCCCACCAAAAAAUUUGAUGCUUAAUGCACUGACAGAGUUGUAUCAUUUACAGUCAUUAAAUGACGAAGGAAAUUUAACAAAACUAGGUAAGGAAAUGUCCCUUUUUCCGAUGGAUCCCACUUUGUCACGUUCCUUGUUAUCAUCUGUUGACGAACAGUGUUCCGAUGAAAUUGUCACUAUAAUUUCAAUGUUGUCCGUCCAGAAUGUUUUUUAUCGUCCGAAAGAUAAACAACUAGAAGCUGAUAAUAAAAAGGCAAGGUUCCAUCACCCAUAUGGCGAUCAUUUAACAUUAUUAAACGUUUACACAAGAUGGCAACAAGCAAAUUACUCAGAACAAUACUGUAAAACAAACUUCUUACAUUUUAGACAUUUAAAAAGAGCCAGAGAUGUCAAGGGCCAAAUAAGCGCGAUAUUUAAGAAAAUGGGAUUAAGGUUAAUAAGUUGCCAUAGUGAUCCUGAUCUAAUUCGUAAAACCUUGGUAUCGGGGUUCUUCAUGAAUGCAGCUAAGCGAGACUCGGAAGUAGGUUACAAAACUAUUAAUGGUGGCACAGAAGUUGGGAUACAUCCUUCGAGCUCACUGUACGGAAAAGAAUAUGAAUACGUGAUCUACCAUAGUCUUGUAUUGACCAGCAGGGAAUACAUGUCGCAGAUAACAAGCAUUGAACCCCAAUGGCUUAUAGAGGUAGCGCCUCAUUUUUAUAAAACCGCAGAUGCUGAAAGUCAAUCUAGGAAAAGAGCCAAGAUUAUUCCCUUACAUAAUAAAUUUGCCAAAGACCAAAAUUCGUGGAGGUUGAGCUCAAUAAGGCAGUCAAGAGAAAGAGCAUUAGGUAUCAAGAGGUAA